UUUCAACACGAAGAUCCCGAAAAGAAAAAAAGGGAAGACCUAGGCUGCGAUAAUGCUGAAGGAUUUCCUCUUACCUUAACUUUGCCGGAUCACAGGGUUGAUGGAGACGUUCCUCGUUCUACUGAUAUACCAGGAGGCAAGGGGAUUGAAAUUGAAAAUAUCAUGCGUGAAUUUAUUCAUACCCAUGGCUUCAAGUGGUAUCACAUUAUCUUGUUCUUAUUCUCCGUUGUCAGCUACAUCACUGAUGUUGCUUCGGAUGCCUACCUUACAUUUACGUACUUUCGCCAGGUUAGUGCCGUGAUCAAUGUUAAUAUAUUGUACUGUGGUCCUUUUGAAGUGUUCUUAAAGUUUAAAUUGAGUCUUGAUGAAGAUUAUUGUAAAGCAUAUGACGUCUCGCAUUUACUUGGUGUGUUUGUAUUUGACUUUAUGACGAGUGUAGGGUAG